GCCGAGCCUCCCUCCGCGCUUUGCUGCUGCAAGCAUUUGCAUUUCCUGGAGGCGAAUUGCAUCGCGAGGAAUUGACUUUAAAAGGGUCAAGCUUGGUUUGAGAGUCACAAACUAUGUUGGGAGAAAUCUCUUUUGCCCAGGGCUUUCCACUCAUGUGAAGAAUCCCGGAGAGAACUGGAGCAGUGGAUUUUGUCUUUUCAGCAGAUAACUAGGGACAGCCUGCAGAAGAGGUGCCUGGACAACCCCCCCCCCAGCGUACGAUCGCAACCAGAGGUCUGAACUGCGGUGGGAUCUCUUGUGGCGAAAGAAAAUGGCCGCCGAGCCUGGCAAAGCUCCAGACUUGAGCAUCCAGCCCCCGGCCUUGCUGAAACAGAGGGAAAAUCUCUCUGUAAAAAUUGAAGAUCAGGAGCUGGUAAGAAGCCUGGACCCGGAGUCGGGAUCCGCAGGGACGUGGGAGAGCCCCUGCCUUGUCCGUGUGGGCAGCCUGGGACCCUGCUUGAGCUGGAGCGCCUCCUCGCCAGCCCCCCAUGUAAAGCAGGAGCCCCACGAGGAGGGUCUGUUGUCAGAGGGGUGGGCUGCCCCAUGGCAGGACCUCAUGAAGGAAACUGAGCCCCCUCGCUCGGAACGAGGAAACAGUCCGGAGACGAUGCUCCUGCCUCCUUUUGAGGAAAUGGCCGCCGCGAGCUACAAGCCUGGAGAAGAACAGCUGACCCUGUCCUUACUCGGUCUUGCGGCUGGGCCGGCCCAGACGCCGGAUGCCGGGGAGAAGGGAAAUGGCCGGCCCGUGAAGGAGGAGGUGGGAGAUCAUGCCAGAUUGGAUGCCGCCUGCCGGCGCUUCCGGCGAUUCUGCUACCUGGAGGCCCAGGGGCCCCGAGACGUUUACGGACGCCUUUGGGAACUUUGCCGCCAGUGGCUGCAGCCGGAGAAACACACCAAGGAGCAGAUCCUGGACUUUUUGAUCCUGGAACAGUUCCUGAUCAUCCUGCCCCCGGAAAUGCGGCGCUGGGUGAAGGAAAGGGGUGCAGAGACCUGCAUCCAGGCCGUGGCUCUAGCCGAAGGCUUCCUGGAGAAGCAGCAAGAACAUACAAGACAGGAAGAGCAGGUGCCCGGACCACUCCGUAUGGUGACCGUGAAUUUCUCCGAAGCUGAGCCGGUUUUAUCAGACAUCUCCCAGAAGCCUCCUGGGAAGGAAGUCAAGGAGGAAAAGCAGCAGCAGGAGGAAGAGGAAACGGGGGCCAGCUUAAUGGUGAGAGACAGCUGGAAAAUGAGCGAGAAUGAAGAGCCAGUACAGGACACCUUGAUGGAAGGUACAAAAUCUCAGCAACGUCAAAAAAAUUUUGGAGAUCAAAACAACCUAGCUACACGGGAGGAGAUGCCCACGGAAAUGUGGAGGGAUACAUCUGGGGGGUGCCAGGUGGCCAGCUACCACGAAAUCGCCAUGCAGCAAAGACUACACAAAGGGAAAAAGAGGAACAGGUGUGGGGUGUGUGGGAAAAAUUUCAGGGACGAGUCGAACCUCCUUAGACACUGGAGGACCCACCCGGGCGAAAAACCGUACCGCUGCGCGGACUGCGGGAAAAUCUUCUGCUGGAUCUCUCAGCUCGAAAGACACCGGAGAUCCCACACCGGAGAGAGACCCUAUAAGUGCUUGGAAUGCGGGAAAACCUUUAGCUGGAGCUCACACCUCAAGAGCCAUCGGCGGAUCCACACAGGAGAGCGGCCAUACCAGUGCUCGUUCUGCAGCAAGAGGUUUCUGAACAGCUCGGGCAUGAUCCGGCACCAGAGGACCCACACGGGGGAGAAACCUUUCGAAUGCGCCAGUUGCGGGAAAAGCUUUGGCGACCGGUCGAGCCUGAUCAACCACCAGACCAUCCACACAGGAGAGAAGUCGUACCAGUGCCUAGAGUGCGGGAAGAGCUUCAACAGGAGCCACACGCUGGUCCGGCAUCAGAGGAUCCACGACACAGAGAAACCCUACAAAUGCUCGGAGUGCGCGAAAACCUUCAGUCUGGUCCAGCACCUGGUCCGGCACCAGAGGAACCACACGGGAGAGAGACCAUACCAGUGCUCAGACUGCAGCAAGAGUUUCCUGGAUAAAUCCAGUCUCGUGAAACAUCAGAGGAUUCACACGGGCGAGAAGCCAUACGCCUGCCCGGGGUGUGAGAAAAGCUUCAGUCAGAGCCAGCAUCUUAUAAGGCAUCAGAUCAUUCACAUAGAAGAGGGACUGUGAAUUGGGGUUGGAAAGGGUUUCAUCUUUCCAGGAAAGCACAGAAAUCCCUGUCGUUUUUUGAAUCUGUUUUCUAGCCCUUAUGACAACACCAAAUGGCCAAAAUCCUCUUACUUAGGGUGGUAAAUUAUACUAGAGUCGACUCGUUGAAUCAAUGGGGAUUUAGUGAGUCUACUCUGUAGGUUCCAUUGAUUCAAAGGGCCUAUA